UAUAAACUCAUAAAAACCUUUAGAGUCUCAAAUCGCUGAGAGAGAAGGAGAAAUCGGAGCCCCAAAAAAUCUUCAAAACUUCUUCCAGGUUCAGUUCAAAGUAAGAUGUCUAAAUCAGUCCUAGAGGUUCCUCCCAAGGGUGGGUUCAGCUUUGAUCUCUGCAAAAGAAAUGCCAUGCUUUCGAAGAAUGGGGUUCAGCUACCUCCGUUUACAAAGACCGGAACCACAAUUGUUGGAUUGAUUUUUCAGGAUGGUGUCAUUCUUGGAGCUGAUACCAGGGCCACCUCAGGGUCAAUUGUGUGUGAUAAGAACUGUGAGAAAAUUCAUUAUAUGGCACCAAACAUAUAUUGUUGUGGGGCAGGAACUGCUGCCGAUACUGAGGCAGUGACAGACAUGGUCAGCUCACAGCUGCAGUUGCACCGUUACCAUACUGGUAGGGAAUCAAGAGUUGUGACCGCCCUCACCUAUCUCAAAAGACAUCUUUUCAGUUACCAAGGUCAUGUCUCAGCGGCAUUGGUGCUCGGUGGUGUUGAUUUCACUGGCCCUCAUUUGCACACGAUUUAUCCGCAUGGGUCGACUGACACACUCCCUUAUGCCACUAUGGGUUCUGGCUCACUUGCCGCAAUGGCCAUCUUUGAGUCAAAGUACAAAGAAGGCCUGACUAGAGAUGAAGGGGUACAGCUUGUUACAGAGGCUAUUUGCUCUGGUAUAUUCAAUGACUUGGGAAGUGGUUCCAAUGUUGACAUCUGUGUCAUAACCAAGGGCAACAAGGAGUUCUUGCGGAACCACUUGAAGCCUACUCCAAGAACCUAUGUCAGCCCUAAAGAAUAUGCAUUUACAAAGAAAACAGAGGUUCUGUCGACGAAGAUAACUCCUCUUAAGGAGAAGGUACAGAUUACUGAAGUUGGUGGAGAGGCCAUGGAGGAAUAGGAAAGCAAUUGGUCAGACUACCAUACUUUUGCAUUAAUGCAAAUCCUUUCUGAACCAAAUAGAACUUGGCUCUUUAUUCAGUUUUAAUCAGUUGUUCCUGUGUUUUGAGCUUAAGAAUUCAGCCUAUGUGUUAAUACUAUUGGAAAGAUUGUGAUAUCCUGAAACAAGCAUGAGCCUCUGAUAUUACUUUUAUGUGAAAGGGUUUGUUGAUAUUUGGGGAUGAAGAACCCCACCAGAA